CCCUUAUUCACCAGGGGAGGUGAGUCAGACUGAGGCAUUCCUAUCGGGAGUGUCUCAGGUAAAGGAGCUGAUAAAAUCACUGGGGAAGAGAAAGCAGCGAAGCACACUGCAAAGCCAGCGGCAAGCUCCCUGCAGGCCUCCCGCCUUCUGAUCUGCUGUGUCGUGUCGUCCUGCGCCAGUGGGGACAGCCGGGGGUCCCCAAAAUGACUUUGCUUUGGCUGCUAACCCUGAGCUGUUUCAGUGUGUGUCUCCUCCUGCCUGCAGCCAUCGGUACCAACCAAAGAGAAGUCUGUGACUGCAAUGGGAAGUCCCGCCAGUGCAUCUUUGACAGGGAGCUGCUCCAAGAAACAGGAAAUGGCUACCGUUGCCUCAACUGCAUGGACCACACAGUGGGCGUUCGCUGCGAGCAGUGCCAAGAGGAGUUCUAUCACAAGCGGGACGGAGAGGCCUGCCUGCCCUGUCACUGCAACCCCAGAGGCUCCCUCGGUCUGCAGUGUGACAACCACGGCCGGUGCAGCUGCAAGCCCGGUGUGAUGGGCGACAAGUGCGACAGGUGCCGGCCAGGAUUCGACUCCUUCUCAGAGGCUGGGUGCGAGCCAGGCCAUCCGGCACCGAGUGCUCAGUGUGACUGUGAUCCAGCCGGUGGCACGGGGCGUUGUGUGUCAGGUCGCUGCGUGUGCAAGGCAAGCGUCUCGGGAGAGCGAUGUGACAGGUGCAAACAGGGCUACUAUAAUCUGGAUGCAAAAAACCCCGAGGGAUGUUCCCCGUGCUUCUGUCAUGGCCACUCCACCUCGUGUGCCAGUGCAGAAAAUUACAACGUCCAUAAAAUCACCUCCUCCUUCCAGCAAGAUGCCGAGGGCUGGAGAGGAGCAUAUGUGGACGGGUCCCCUGCACCGCUCCAGUGGUCUCCCCGCCAUCGGGAUGUGUAUGUUACAGCCAGGAGACAAGAGCCCACGUUUUUCAUGGCGCCAGCCAGAUUCCUUGGGAACCAGCAGCUGAGCUACGGCCAGGUCCUGUCCUUCGAUUAUCGCAUGGACCGAGGGGGUCGUCGUCCGUCUCCCCGGGAUGUGGUCCUGGAAGGAGCUGGCCUACGAGUCACUGCCCCCCUUGUGCCUCACGGGAAGAUGCUGUCCUGUGGCAUCAGCAAGACAUAUGCGUUCAGACUGAACGAGCACCCGAGCAGCGGGUGGAGCCCCACGCUGAGUUACUUUGAGUAUCGCAGGCUACUCGGAAAUCUGACGGCCCUUAAGAUCCGUGCCACGUAUGGAGAAUACAGCACUGGGUACAUCGAUAACGUCACCCUGGUUUCUGCACUGCCGGCGCCUGGAAUCCCAGCUCCCUGGGUGGAACGAUGUGGUUGCCCUGCUGGCUACGAGGGGCAGUUCUGCGAACGCUGUGCUCCUGGCUACAAGAGAGAUGCUUCCAACCUGGGGCCUUUCAGCACCUGUGUGCAGUGUGACUGCCAGGGGGGAGAAAACUGCGAUCCAGACACGGGAGACUGUUACUCAGGAGAUGAAAACAUGGAGCCCAGUGCCAGCUGCCCAUUGGGUUUCUACAAUGACCCCUGGAAUCCGCAGAGCUGCAGGCCGUGUCCUUGCACAAGUGGCCAGGGCUGCUUCGUGGCGCCAGGGAGGAAGGAGAUCGUGUGCAAUAACUGUCCCCUGGGAGUCACUGGUGCUAACUGUGAGCUCUGUGCUGACGGCUAUUUUGGAGACCCCUUGGGCCAAAAGGGCCCCGUGAGACCCUGCCGGCCCUGCCAGUGUAACAGCAACGUAGAUCCCAGUGCUGCGGGGAACUGUGACCAACUGACGGGCGAAUGCCUGAAAUGCCUCUACAAUACGGCCGGCUUCUCCUGUGCCCAAUGCAGGGAGGGGUUCUUUGGGAACCCCUUGGCCCCCAACCCGGCAGAGAAGUGUCAAGCCUGCAACUGCAACUCGGUAGGGUCUGACCCCCUGAAGUGCGGAAGCGAUGGGAGCUGUGUUUGCAAGCCGGGAUUCGAGGGGCCCAACUGUGAGCACUCCCAGUGCCCCACCUGCUACGGCCAUGUGAAAACACAGGUGGAUCAGUACCUGCAGCAGCUGCGGCAGCUGGAGGUGCUUGUGUCUCAGCUGCAGCUUGGCAGUGGGGCAGGGGCCAAUGGGGAGCUGGAAAGGAAGAUGCAGCAGACUGAGGCGACCCUGCGAGAAAUCCUGAGAGUAGCUCUGAGCUUACAAGCCUCUGACAAGUCCCUGGAGAGCCGGGUGUCCAGAAUGAAGGGACACGAGUCCAGCUACCAGAGCCGCUUGGCUGAGGUCAGGGCGACUGUGGAGAGGCUGCAGGCGCUGGGGCGUCAGUACCAGGCCCAGGUGCAGGACAUGAGGCGACUGAUCGAGAGAGCCCGUUUGGACCUGCAGCAAAGCCAAGAGACCCUGAGUGGGCUGAUUAUUCCCCCUUCCGAUCUCCCAGGUGGGUCGAAUGAUUUUUUGAUGCUGGCCCAAGAAGCUCUCAGACUAGCAAACAGCCACUUGCAGUCAGCAUUUGUCAUCGAGCUGGCCGCCAAGGCGGCGGUGGAAGACUCAGGGCAAGCCCUGGAGCUGGCGCGCUCAGGUGCGAGCGGAGGAGACAUCCUGACAAGCUCUGUGCAAGGGCUGCUGAGAAAAUAUGACGAAAGCAAAUUGCUAGCCAGCCAACUGGAGGCGGAUGCCAGCAGAUCCGCCGUGGAGGCAGACAAGGCCUAUCAGGGCAGCCUGCUGCUCCUAAGCUUCCUGUCUCGCUUAUCAAAGAUCGACCUUGGGUCCUUCCAGGGGGAGGCGAACCGGCUCAGGCAGGAGGCGGAUGCUCUGUUGGUCUUGGUGGAUACGUACAUGGCAGAAUACAGGCGGCUGCAAAGCAACACGGCCAGCUGGGAGGAAGAAAUCCAGCGGCAGUUACAGAGCGGGGAAGGCAAGAGACUGGCUUCCAGUCAGCUGUUGUCCCGUGCCUACCGAGCCCAGAGCAGUGCCCAGCAGGCAGUGAGUGCCGGCAAUGCUACGUUUUACGAACUUGAGCUCAUCUUGAAGAAUCUCCGGGGGUUUCACCUGCAGGUGGAUGGUAGGAGAAGAGAAGCUGAAGAAGCCAUGAGACGACUCCCUCUCAUCAAAAGUAUGGUGAAGAACGCGGGCGAUAAGACUGAACAAGCGGAAAGCGCCCUGGGCAGCGCUGCUACAAAUGCACAGACAGCCAGAAGAAUGGCCGGCGAGGCCAAGGAGCUCACCAGUGGUAUCCAGCAGGAGAUAAUGCGGUUGAGGUUGGAAGCCAACAGGACAGCAGAUGGGGCCCUGGCACUGGAGAGAGGAGUCAUAGCUUUACGGGACGAGGCCAGAGAAGCAGAAAGGGAGUUCACGAGGAAGGCGCUGGAGAUUAAUAUGGAUGCCACCGCUGUACAAAAAACUGGCCAGGAGGUACAAGGGGCCCAAGACGAGGCCCGUAGUGCUGGGACUGCUGUCCAAGAGACACUGCAUGCCCUGGAAGAUCUUCUACGUCGGAUAGACCAGCCGGGCUCUGUGGAUGAGGAGGCGCUGAAAAAGCUCGAACGCGGCCUCAGCAAGGCCAGGACCGAGAACGGCCAGUUGAAAAAGCAGAUGGCUGAGCUGGAGCAAACAGCCAGUCUGCAGAAGCUGCGGGUCCAGACACUGGAGAGAAGCAUUAACGAGAUCCUGGCUGAUAUUCGGAACCUGGAGGAGAUCCGCGACAGUCUGCCCCCCGGCUGCUACAACUUAAAACCCAUCGAAAGUCCUUGAGCUGUUGGGAAGACUCUCUGGACAGGGUGUUUCAGGCUGUGAAUACCAGGGCUUGGCCUGACGGGCUGGGGGAGGAUGGGGAAGGCAAGCCCGCCAGCACCUGUCUUUGGCUCUGCCAAGCUGCACGCAGGCCCUUGGAGUGCAGCAGGUCAGACUCAGUGCUGCAAUUUGCUGACGUUUGCCUCAGGACUCCGUGUUUUGAUGCCAACAUCACCACAAGGCGCCUCUGAGCCAGGAAAGCCUGAGACUCUGGUAUCCGUCCCUGGAGCACAGGAGGAAGGAAAGAGACCUGGCUGCAUGAAGGUGCUGCUGGCCGUGAAGAGCCAAAGGCGGGAGAACCCGUCCCUAGAGUGUGGCCCAAGAAGGAGCUGCCAGCAGUUCAGCUCCUGGACAGUCGCCGAAUGAACGUCGAGAGUCUGAACUCCGUCUCCUGCAGCUCUCCCUGUCCUGACCAAGGCCCUGUUGGCUGGGCACAUCCAGCAGAACUCCCCACUCUCCUCAAAAGCCAGCACCUCUCCACCCAAGGCAACGGUGGCUCCCCUGGACGCAUUGCUAGACCCGUUCCCACCAGCAAUCCUUUCCGGGCCCAGCGAACGGCAGGGGGGGGCGCAGAGCCUAGGAGGUCGGCGUUCUCGAUGUGGCACAGGCCUUGCGGCCUUUCCGUCUCGACACUGACCCCAGAGCGACCCGCUCGCCUGUUGUGGGGCUUUAGACUCCAUUAGAGGGGCUGUUUUUUGCAGUAUGGUAGCAAAGUAAAUACCUGGUUAGUCAAAAGGGAGGAGGGAAGGGAUUUAUUUUUGGUGGCUUAAAAGGGUCAGUGGUGGGAGGAUGGUCAGUAAUGCCUUGGAUUGAUGUAGGGGCCCUCGGGUGGAAUGUCUUUCCUACCACAUCCCCUGCUCUGGGGUGAUGUCACAGCCCUCUCUCCUCCCUCUUCUCAUCCUGGGCCUUUCAGGUGGGUUCCCAAGGGGUUAGCCACCAGGGAUGUCCUCGUGAUCAGAAGCUCAGGUCUGUGCUCGCUGGCAACACAGGUGCCCAGCCCCAGGAGGGAUGACUCAGCCCUUCAUCCUUCCUUGGGCGCUGGAGUACCAGGCCUCUACUGUGCAUCUGACAGAUGACAGCUUGCAAAACAAAUUCUUGCCUUCUCUGCAUGGACAUCAAAGAUCCCCUGGGGCUUUCUGUAGGAGCAGGGGUUUGUCUUGCUGACCUUGGACACAGCUGCGGGCACUCUGGAGCCAAGCUUUCCCUUAUGCAAUGGGUAGCAUAUCGAUCACCCCGUUAAAAAAGCCGAACACCGUAAAGCUAACCAGAUGUGACGGGUUUGGUGCUGUCCUCUCCUUUCCUCCCAACAGACAAUGGUUUGCACUGAGCAGCCUCAAGGUAGAGACAUUGUGACUGAUUCUUAACCAUCUGUUUCUAAAUCUGGAGGAACCGGGGAGACAUCUCUACCGCCAGUGGGUUUCCUGUGGAUGGGAUUCCAUUUUGUUCCUGUCUCAGUGAAGACAGUCUCUCGGCCCUUGUAACCUCUAGAGAAUGGCUCUGCUGGACCCUUGUUACCUCUCGUGUGCCCCACAGAGUGGCAGGAUCAGCCCCUCAAUCAUGCCCCAGAGGAGGUCACUCUGGGGACAAACUCACCCCUCAGUUGCUCAGGGUCUCUUACAAAGUGCCAGCUCUUUGCUAUGUUAAAUAAGCACGUAAUGGAAUAUUUUUAUUUAUAGUGAAGCACACUCACCUCUGGCUUGCUCUGGGAUUUCUCCCAUGGCACCACACAGGGCAGAUGUUAUGGGUCUGUGUUCGUUUUGUUUUGUUAUGCUUAAGUGAACUUUCUAUUUGAAAAAAAGUCAAUAAAUAACAAAUCCGAGUGCUUGGGUGUUGCU